AUGUCUGCCAAGAUGUGCCCCCCCAAAUGCGGCGACGUGGGGUUGACGCGAUUCUGUGUUAUCCUCUUCCUGAUUGUUAUUGUGAUCAACGGGAUCGAGUGUGCAAGGAACAGGAAUAAAGGACAUACCAAUACGUCGCAAGCUAUUCAGCAGCACAUGCGCUUUAAAGUGCCUAUUACUGAGAAGGAUACUGAUUUUUUGAAUAAGGGAAAGAUUUGCAUUGGUACAAAUGGCCGUAUGUCCGUUCCUUCAAAUCGGGAUCGUCACUACAGGAAUUUAAAGGAUCGCUAUACCAACUGCACUUAUGUCGAUGGAAAUCUCGAGCUAACAUGGUUACAAGGUGUCGACCAAGAUCUAAGUUUCCUCCAGCACAUUAGAGAAGUUACUGGCUACGUCUUGAUAUCCCAUGUAGACGUCAAAAAAGUGAUACUACCACGUCUCCAGAUCAUCAGAGGAAGGAAUUUGUUUAAAAUGAACAUGAACGUAUCUAAACAAGAAUUCGCUUUAAUUGUAACCUUAUCCAAAAUGUUGACACUAGAAUUACCAGCCUUACGUGACGUUCUAAGAGGGAACGUUGGAUCUUUCAAUAACUACAACCUUUGCCACAUCAAAACGAUUAAUUGGACGGAAAUAAUAACUGCUGGAAACUUUUCUUACAAUUAUACCUUCACGUCGCCUGAAAGACAAUGUCCACCUUGUGAUAGAGAAUGUGAAUACGGAUGUUGGGGAGAAGGCCGUGAAAACUGUCAAAUAUUCUCCAAAGUAUUCUGCAGCCCUCAAUGUUCUGGUGGUAGAUGUUUUGGUACAAAACCUCGUGAAUGUUGUCACUUAUUUUGCGCAGGAGGCUGUACUGGUCCUACUCAAAGUGACUGUAUUGCUUGUGUUAACUUUUACGAUGAUGGAGUGUGUACUCAAGAAUGUCCACCGAUGCAGAUCUACAAUCCAAGCACCUAUUCGUGGGAACCAAAUCCUGCCGGUAAAUACGCGUAUGGUGCAACAUGUGUUAAGAAGUGCCCCGAGCAUUUACUGAGGGAUAACGGUGCCUGUGUAAGGACGUGCCCUUCAAAUAAACAUGCGAAGGACGGCGAGUGUGUCCCUUGUGAAGGACCUUGUCCAAAACAGUGUACAAACAGUGACGGAACGAUUCAUUUUGGCAACAUCGAUAGUUUUAGGAACUGUACGGUUUUAGAGGGUAAUAUAAACAUUCUACAAAAUUCGUUGAACGGUUAUCAACACGUAUACGACAAUUUUACUUUCGGUGACCGAUAUCCACCGAUGCAUCCCAGUGCCUUAGAAGUGUUCAGUACGUUAAAAGAAAUUACAGGGUAUCUCAAUAUUCAAGCCGAUCAUGCCGAUUUCAAAAAUCUUUCGUAUUUUCGGAAUUUGGAAGAAAUUGGUGGAAGGAUGCUGUAUGAAUAUUCCGCGUCUUUGUAUAUAGUUAAAACUUCAUUAGAAUCGUUGGAACUUAGUUCAUUAAAGAGAAUAAAAAUGGGAACGGUUGCAAUUCUAGAAAACCCGCGGUUAUGUUUCGCGGGAAUUAAUUGGAGAUCUAUACUGAAGAGCAACGAAAGCCAUCCUUUGCUGUUCAACAACAGUAACUUGGAAAGCUGCAAAAGAAGAGGACUUGUUUGUGAUCCGCAAUGUAGUGACGAUGGAUGCUGGGGUCCAGGACCUGAACAGUGUCUUUCUUGCAAAAAUUUGAGAUUUGGAAACAAAUGUUUGGAAAACUGCAAUAUCAAAUCGGGAUUGUAUCAGGCGAGUACAAAUGAAUGCAAACCUUGUCACGUACAAUGUGGAUCUUCUUGCCAUGGACCUGGAGCCAACAACUGUACUUCCUGCAGGUACCUUAAAGAUGGAAACUACUGUGUCUCUAAAUGUAUGAAGAAUAAAUACGAACAAAAUGGUUCGUGUCAACCAUGUCAUCCAAAUUGUGUUGAAAGUUGCUCAGGAUCGACCAAUGUGUUAGGAAAAGGAGGAUGCGAUGCAUGCGAACUGGCUAUUAUCAUGGACAAUAAAGAUAACAAUUAUGUUUGUCUGAGUAGAAAGGAUACCCAAUGUCCUGACGGAUAUUAUUAUGAAUACAUCAAGCCUCAUGUUUCCGAAGGAUCCAAUCCUAAUACAACAGCGGUGUGCAGGAAAUGUCAUCCGAGAUGUAAGAAAUGUACACAGUAUGGAUUCCAUCAAAAUGUUUGUCAAGAAUGUACCCACUAUAAGAAAGGAGAACAAUGCGAAGACGAAUGUAACUCGGACUACUAUCCUGAUGUAACCACUAACGAAUGUAUAGCUUGCGAUAAAGAAUGCAAAGGUUGUACAGGAUCCGGCAAUGAAAAUUGCAGUACCUGCCAAAAUUUCAAACUUUUUUACGAUGACCAUGUAGAUUUCAACAGUACUAAUUUUAUUUGCGUCGCCCAAUGUCCUCCACAGUACCCAUAUAGAGGAUUUACUUCAGAUGGAGGUACUUAUUGUUCGGAUAUUGCAAGCAGUCAGUUGGUGGCAUCUCCCAAAAAUCCUUAUGAAAUCGUAAUAAUAAUAGCUGGUGUUGUUGGUGGAUUAUGUGUUUUAAUGAUACUGGUAGGAGUGUUCUGUUACUAUCAACGAAAAGAAAAGAUCAAAGAAAAUGCCAUGAAAAUGACACUGGCUCUAACAGGUUUAGAAGACAACGAACCUUUGAGACCUACCAAUGUAAUGCCGAAUGUCGCUAAGUUAAGAAUAAUUAAAGAAACAGAAUUACGCAAAUCAAAUAUUCUCGGAUACGGUGCAUUUGGAAAAGUAUAUCAAGGCGUUUGGAAUCUAGAAGGAGAAGGAAACAACCACUCUGCAAAAAUUCCUGUCGCCAUUAAAGUUUUAAGAGAGGAUACAGGAGCAAACACUAGUAAAGAUUUCCUGGACGAAGCUUACAUCAUGGCUACUGUAGAUCAUCCUAAUCUUCUACAACUCUUAGGAGUUUGCAUGACUUCUCAAAUGAUGCUUGUAACGCAGCUGAUGUAUCUGGGUUGUUUAUUGGAUUUUGUCAGAAACAAUCGGGAUAGAAUUGGUUCAAAAGCUCUUUUAAAUUGGUCCACACAAAUCGCAAGGGGAAUGGCAUACUUAGAAGAAAAACGCUUAGUCCACAGGGAUUUAGCAGCCAGAAACGUUCUGUUACAAACACCAGGGUGUGUUAAAAUCACGGAUUUCGGUUUGGCUAAACUCCUGGACAUCAACGAAGAGGAGUACAAAGCCGCUGGAGGAAAAAUGCCCAUCAAAUGGUUAGCACUAGAAUGCAUUCAACAUAGAAUAUUCACCCAUAAGUCUGACGUUUGGGCAUUUGGUGUAACCGUUUGGGAGCUGUUAACUUUCGGGGAACGCCCGUAUGAUAAUGUUCCUGCUAGAGAUGUACCUGAAUUACUAGAAAAAGGAGAACGCUUGUCGCAGCCGGAAAUAGCCAGUAUAGAGGUUUACAUGAUCUUGAUCAAGUGUUGGAUGCUGGAUGCUGAAAGUAGACCUUGCUUUAAAGAGUUAGAAGAUGAUUUCUCGAAGAUGGCUCAAGAUCCCGGGAGAUAUUUGGCUAUUGUAGGAGAUAAAUUUAUGAGACUGACCAAUUUUCCUCAUCCUCAGACCGAUGUCAGAAGUCUUGCCUCAGUAAUGGAGUCUUCCCAGUGCACUUCAGAAGGAGAUAGCCAUCUCCAACCCAAAUCAAGAGCUCCUCUUCAUGUUGGUAGUCUCAUAAUGCCUUCUGUGUCACCUUCUCCAACAUCCCACAGCUACUGGCCAUCAGCUCAACCGAUGACGUCAGAUGGCAGCACUUCCCAAUACCAGAACCAUCUGAAUCAGAAACUACUAAGAUACGCUCAAUCUCAUGGGUUCGAUUCCAGCAUACCCACUCAAUCGGACGCUUCCAGUAUAAAGUAUUGCGGGAAUUCAGUUAAAUUGAGAGACGAUAUUGGUUCUGACGAAUAUGAUUCCGUAGCUAGGUCCCAGGCUAAAGUGGGUACUUUAAAACUGGAUUUGCCGGUUGAUGAAGAUGACUACCUAAUGCCUUCGCCGCAGCAGGCCCAGGGUAAUACAACGUACGUUGAUUUGAUCGACUCGAAGAAUCCCGAAAAUGAAAUCUCGAAUAACUAUACUAACUAUCAAGACUUUUAUAAAAAUAAUAUUGAUAACCCCGAGUACCUUAUGAACAACGACGCACCCAGUCAAACAGUAGGUCUACCGACUGUUUCUGAAUUCGUAAACUUUUCUUGUGGUGCUUCUGGAGAAGCUUCGGGAUUUAAGCCGAUGUCGGGUUAUUUACCUCAAAAGAGUUCUGAGGAGGAAUCCGAUCACGAGUAUUACAACGAUUUUGAUAGGUUACAGAGAGAGUUGCAACCGUUGCAGAAAAAUAAGGAUGGUGCUAUUGUUUGA